AUGACCAAUGGACCCUCGUAUGUCCUUGAUACUCGUCACUGCCGACUCGGUCCAAUACCAAAUCCCAGACAAUCUAUGGCUAUUGCGUAUGAGAAGAUGAAGAGUGGUAUGACUGGUGGCAUUCCCAAGGUCGCUGUGAUUCCUGAAUUGUCAUCGGCUGAUUUGAAACUGGCACGAAAGAUGGUCUUGGAAUCUCAAAUUCCAGGUACCACCAUCACAAAGAUGAACACCGAAGAAUGA